CAUCUUUUAUUUAUUCAUCUAUCAAUGUGAAUCGAUGUAAAUCAUCAGGAAAAAAGUCAACAAUUAUUUUUUACCACAAAUAUUUCUAGUCUUCAAAAUUGUGACCAAGAUUUCAAUCAAUCAAUAAAAUGGAAUCAAUAAAACCGAUAACAACAACAACUAAUAUGCCACAGAUUUUUACAUUAAAAUCAGUGUUUGAAUAUCUGGAAAAUCGAGAUCCAAAAAUAUUAACAUUCAAUGUUGAUGAACGUUUUUUAAUGAUCAAAGAUCCGGAUAAAACAUCCGAUUGGUAUUAUGUUAUCAAUGAAAAAGGACAAAUUGGUUAUGUUCCUAAUUCGUACGUCGUUUACGAAGAGAAUAAAAAUCUAAAAGAAUUGCUUCAGCUUGUUGAUUCGAUUGCUUCCAAACUUGAUCAGAAAAAUAAUGAAACAAAUAAAAUACUAACUGAUCGACAAUUGAAACAUGCUCAAAUCAAAUUAGCUCAGAUGCGAUGUGAAAUAACUGAAACAUUGAUCAAGCUGGAACAAAGUAGUAAACCUAUUGGUGUAUUAUCCGGUGUAAAUGAAUUAUCCGUUAUUCAAGAAGAAAACAAAGAAGAUGAAGAAAAUAAUGAAAUAGAUACGAUAAAUGGUGAAUGUUUGAAAAAAUGUCGACAUUGUUGCUUAAAACAACAACAACAACAACAAGCUGGUGAUGAAAUCAAUGAACAAUUAAUUUCGAAUCUAAUCGAAAAUAUCAAAUUGGAUUCAAAUUUAAGCGAAUCAAAAGCAAUUAUUGUAGCUAAUUCUGUGAUAAAAACUUUAUCGGAAAAUGUUCAAUCAUGGCAAAAAGAUUGUCAACGUAUUAUGGAAAUAAUGGAAAAAUAUGUUGAAGAAAAAGUAAAUAGUGAAAAUGUUUAUUCAUCCAAAUUGAAAUGUAUAUUUAAACGUCUUUGGUUUUGUAAAAAUGAUACACAACAACGUAAUUGGCCUGUUUAUCAGGAUGAAGAUAUUAUUCAAAGUUAUCUGGAUGAAUUGAUGAAUCUUUUGACCAAUACUGAACAAUCAUUCCUGGAAAAAGAAAUUUGUUCACAAAAUCAUGAAAAUCUGUUCAAUUUAAUACAAUAUUUUCAGAUGGAAACACGACGUUCAUUACGAUUAAAAUUGAUGGAUAUAUUUAUUAUCCUUAUACGAUUAUAUCGACGAGUACCAGCCGAUUUUUACCUGACUACAGUGUUACCCGGUGAAUUGACUGUUGAAAUGAAAAAUCAUGUCCAAGAUGUACAACGAUGGAUCAAAGCAUCAACAUUGUUUACAUUGAUAUUCAGUUCUGGUCAUAAACCACCGGUGAACAUUUAUGAACAUAUUAAUGAACAAUUUUUCAGUCAUCAAUUUGAUCUUUGUGAAGGUUUUGAUAUUAAUGGCCAAACAAUUGAAUGUGAAAUUCCAUCCGAAAAUAUUAUAUCACCAAUAUUGGCAUUUAAUUUACAUAUUACCGAUAUUGGUGAUAAUGUUAUUUUUAAAGCAUUAGGUAAACGAACUAAUGCUAGCCAUUUUACCGAAAAUCUUAUUUCCUAUCUUAAUUGGGAAGAAGAUAUUAUAUUGACCAGUUGUAAUCUGACCAGACAAUCAUAUGAUAAUCAUUUCGAUAAUAAUCAAUUGGAUCAUCAAUUUUCUAAUUCUACAUUCAAUCAUUAUGAUUCGAAUCAAAAUUCGGUACUCAAAUUUUUGACCGAAAUGUUUGCCGAUAAAAUUGUAUCAUCAUUAUUCUAUUAUAAUGAUGUUCGUGUUAUUAUCGAUAUUAUCAUUAGCCAAUUGAACAAUUUACCUGUUGGUGAUCAUCGAAUAAAAUAUUACCUGGAAUUAACGGCCAACAUUCUGAAAAAUACACAAUAUGCAGAAGAACCACAUAAAGCAUUUGAAUUGAAAAAAUGUUUGAUAAGCAUUCAACAUCAUGAAUUUAGCAAUAUAGCCGAUGUUCAAUUGGCCCAAGAUAUUAUUGAACGUAAUCAUGAUGCAUUUGGUUAUGUUAAUCAAUGA